AUGUGCAUCAUGGCUUGCAACCGAUCCAAUGAGAUCCCCAAUCUCUCCAUAGACCAGGGGACCUACCUCAGCCAACAUCUGAGUCCCCAGUCUCGACCUGCCGACUACUUCGACAGGCCCGACCCUCUCGCUGCCAACUGGAGCUAUGACAACGCCAUUGACCUGUUCUCCAUCAACCCCACAGAUAUGGAGCCCGUCUCAUUCGACUUCGCAGACAGUCUGACGAACCUUGAAUCCAAGGAUCUCUUCAGUGACCCAUUUGCUAGCUCUGGGAUUAGUGGCUUUUCCAUGCCCGAAGAUGCGGCUUCACUAUCAUCGGAGUUCGAAAGUGACGACCAAACAUGGCCAUCCGCUGUUGCCCGCCAUUCCAUCGACUCGAACACAUUUGAAACACAGUCGACAAACCAAUCCACAAACUACACCUCUUCUCAACUUCCAACACAGAGCAAGGCUCGCUCAUCUUCAACAAGAUGGUCAUCGAGUCCAGAGAUGAAGGAAGAAGAGAUUACUACGCCCCAACCCUCCAAACCCACAUCCCGCAAGACCCGCAGCUUUUCCCGAGAUUCAACCCGCUCAUCAACGGGCGGUCAAGACCCUCAGAUGCGGAAUGCCGCUAAGCGUGCCGCCCAUAACAUCAUCGAGAAGCGCUACCGCACCAACAUGAACGCCAAAUUUGUUUCUCUCGAGCAAGCCAUCUCCCCCUCGGGUGUUCAGAAGCAUUCCAAGGUUGGCGCGGGGUCUCUCAAAAAGUCCGAGAUUCUAACCAAUGCUCUUACCUACAUCGAUGGUAUCCAGCAGGAGAACCAGGCUCUGCACAAGGAGCUCGCACUUCUCAAGCAAAACUUGCUGCCGGGAGGUAUCUGGCGCCAUGCUAAAAAUCCUCGAUUAUGA